UAACCAUCCCGAUGUUAUAUAUAUGCAUGCCUAUUGGCAGUGCUAAAGUCAUCAGUAUCAUUCUAAUUCUCAUAUUCAGUGGAUUCAUUUCAUCAAUCACUUUGCCUUUCUGAUCAUAAUCACCAAAAUGCCAACCAUGAAUCCAGUUCGUUUCAAAUACAUGCAAGCCAUAAUAAUAUUUAUGAUGUUGCAGGUUGUUGUUUCUGCUCAAGACCAUAUUAUGUGCAUUCAGACUGAGAGGGAAGCACUCCUCCAAUUCAAGGCUGCACUUGUGGAUGACUAUGGCAUGCUCUCUUCUUGGACCACUUCUGAUUGCUGCCAAUGGCAAGGGAUUCGCUGCUCCAACCUCACCGCCCAUGUUCUAAUGCUCGACCUUCAUGGAGAUUUUAAUGAUGUCCAGCACCGUUAUAUGAGAGGAGAGAUCCACAAGUCGUUGAUGGAGUUGCAACAAUUAAACUAUUUAAACCUCAGUUGGAAUUAUUUUCAAGGCAGAGGAAUCCCAGAGUUUCUUGGUUCUCUCACCAACUUGAGAUACCUUGAUCUGUCAUAUUCUGAUUUUGGCGGAAAAAUUCCAACUCAGUUUGGCUCUCUUUCUCAUCUGAAAUACUUAAAUCUUGGUCGGAAUUCUCUGGAGGGUUCAAUCCCACGUCAACUUGGAAAUCUCUUCCAAUUGCAGCAUCUUGAUCUCAGCAUCAAUCAAUUUGAAGGAAAUAUACACUCCCAAAUCGGAAAUCUCUCCCAGUUGCAGCAUCUUGAUCUCAGCAUCAAUCAAUUUGAAGGAAAUAUACCCUCUCAAAUUGGAAAUCUCUCCCAGUUGCAGCAUCUUGAUCUCAGGUACAAUUCUUUUGAAGGAAGUAUACCGUCCCAACUUGGGAACCUUUCAAAUUUGCAGAAGCUUUAUCUUGGAGGAUCACAUUAUUAUGAUGAUGCUUAUGGUGGUGCUCUCAAAAUUGACGAUGGAGAUCAUUGGCUGUCUAAUCUCAUUUCCUUAACCCAUCUUUCCUUGGACUCCAUAUCUAAUCUCAACACUUCUCAUAGCUUCCUCCAAAUGAUUUCCAAGCUACCAAAACUUAGAGAACUGAGUUUAAGUUAUUGUAGCCUUUCCGAUCAUUUUAUCCUUUCACUGAGGCCCUCAAAAUUCAAUUUUUCUAGUUCCAACCUUGUUGAGCUUGACCUUAGUGGUAACCUCUUGGAGGGUUCCACAUCAAACCAUUUUGGCCGUGUAAUGAAUUCUCUUGAGCACCUCGACCUCACAGAUAAUAUAUUCAAGGGUGAGGAUUUGAAAUCCUUCGCGAAUAUAUGCACCUUACAUUCUUUAUACAUGCCAGCAAACAAUUUGACUGAAGACCUUCCAUCAAUCCUUCAUAAUUUGUCUAGUGGUUGUGUUAAACAAUCAUUACAAGAAUUGGAUUUUCAAUAUAAUCAAAUCACUGGCUCUUUACCUGACCUUUCAGUAUUCUCAUCUCUAAGAUCAUUGGUUCUUUAUGGAAAUAAAUUAAGUGGAAAGAUACCUGAAGGCAUCCGCUUACCAUUUCAUUUGAAAUCUCUGUCAAUCGAAUCAAACUCUUUAGAAGGUGGAAUUCCCAAAUCAUUUGGGAACUCAUGUGCUUUGAGAUCACUGGAUAUGUUUGGUAACAAUUUGAAUAAAGAGCUUUCGGUGAUAAUUCAUCAAUUGUCUGGGUGUGCCAGAUUCUCGCUGCAAGAAUUGUACAUAAGAGGAAAUCAAAUCAAUGGUACGCUUUCUGACCUUUCAAUAUUCUCUGCCUUGAAAACAUUGGAUCUUUCAGAAAAUCAAUUAAAUGGAAAAAUUCCAGAGAAUACCAAAUUGCCAUAUCUAUUAGAGACUUUGUCAAUUGGAUCAAACUCUUUAGAAGGUGGAAUUCCAAAAUCAUUUGGGGAUGCAUGUGCUUUGCGCUCGUUGGACAUGUCUAAUAAUAGCUUGAGUGAAGAGUUUCCAAUGAUAAUCCAUCACUUGUCUGGAUGUGCUAGAUAUUCAUUGGAACAAUUAGAUCUAAGCAUGAAUCAAAUCAACGGCACACUACCCGACCUCUCAAUAUUCUCAUCUUUAAGAGAAUUAAAUCUUUAUGGAAACAAGCUAAAUGGAGAGAUUCCUAAAGAUAUUAAAUUUCCACCUCAACUUGAGGAACUAGAUAUGCAAUCAAAUUCCUUGAAGGGUGUGCUCACUGACUAUCAUUUCGCUAAUAUGUCUAAGUUAUACUUCUUGGAGUUAUCUGACAACUCUUUAAUGGCCUUGGCAUUUAGCCAAAAUUGGGUCCCACCAUUUCAGUUGAGCCACAUAGGAUUGCGAUCUUGCAAGCUAGGUCCAGUAUUUCCCAAAUGGUUGGAGACACAAAAUCAAUUUCGGGAUAUUGACAUUUCAAAUGCUGGAAUAGCAGAUAUGGUUCCAAAGUGGUUUUGGGCUAAUUUAGCAUUCCGAGAAUUUAUUUCAAUGAAUAUUUCAUACAAUAAUCUCCAUGGUAUAAUUCCUAAUUUUCCAACAAAGAAUAUGCAAUAUUCCCUAAUUCUUGGACCAAAUCAAUUUGAUGGCCCUGUUCCACCAUUUCUGCGAGGUUCCGUAUUUCUUGAUUUAUCCAAAAAUCAAUUCUCAGAUUCUCUUUCAUUUUUAUGUGCUAAUGGUACAGUUGAAACUUUGUACGAAUUAGACCUUUCAAAUAAUCAUUUCUCUGGAAAAAUUCCGGACUGUUGGAGCCAUUUCAAGCCAUUAACUUAUUUGGACUUAAGUCACAAUAAUUUUUCAGGAAGGAUACCCACAUCCAUGGGAUCUCUUCUUCAUCUUCAAGCAUUGCUAUUGAGAAACAACAACUUAACAGAUGAGAUACCUUUCUCCUUGAGGAAUUGCACAAAUCUAGUAAUGCUAGAUAUUUCAGAAAACAGAUUAUCAGGGCUUAUCCCUGCUUGGAUAGGGAGCGAAUUACAAGAGUUGCAAUUUUUAAGUUUGGGAAGAAAUAAUUUCCAUGGAAGUUUACCAUUGCAAAUUUGCUACCUAAGUGACAUUCAACUCUUGGAUGUCUCACUAAACAGCAUGUCUGGGCAGAUUCCUAAAUGCAUAAAAAAUUUUACUUCAAUGACUCAAAAGACAUCUUCAAGAGAUUAUCAAGGUCAUUCAUAUCAUGUCAAUAUCAUUGGCUUGUCUGGUAGUCAUACAUAUGAUUUGAAUGCAAUCUUGAUGUGGAAAGGUUCAGAACAAAUGUUCAAAAAUAAUGUGUUACUACUUUUAAAAAGCAUUGAUCUCUCAAGCAAUCACUUUUCUGGAGAAAUUCCACUGGAAAUAGAGAAUUUAUUUGGAUUGGUUUCAUUGAAUUUAUCAAGAAACCAUUUGACCGGAAAGAUUCCUUCAAAUAUUGGAAAGUUAACAUCACUUGACUUUCUUGAUUUGUCAAGAAACCAUCUAGUUGGUUCAAUUCCUCCGAGUCUUACUCAAAUUUAUUGGCUCAGCGUGUUAGAUUUGUCACAUAACCAUCUAACUGGAGAAAUUCCAACUGGUACACAGUUACAGAGUUUCAAUGCCUCGAGUUAUGAAGAUAAUCUUGAUCUUUGUGGACCGCCACUAGAGAAAUUGUGUAUUGAUGGGAAGCCUGCACAGGAACCAAUUGUUAAACUUCCUGAAGAUGAAAAUUUGCUUUUCACCCGUGAAUUUUACAUGAGUAUGGCAAUUGGAUUUGUUAUAAGCUUUUGGGGCGUUUUUGGCUCAAUCUUAAUGAAUCGUUCUUGGAGACAUGCUUAUUUCAAGUUCAUAAGCAAUUUCUCAGAUGCUAUUUAUGUCAUGGCAGCCGUGAAAGUUUUCAAGUGGCAUCACAGAGGAUAGCUGAAAAAUUCUGAAUUGUAGGUGCCAGCUUGUUGUGGUGGAAAAUGCAAAGAGACACUUUUAAUUUGGAGGUGAGAAGGCAUCUCUCACAGUUGGAUUUGGAGACCGAGAGAGAAUUAACGAAGGCUUCUAGAGCUUGAGGGAGCCAAUUGUGAUUGUGAUCCAUCUAGUUUAUUUUCCUUUUUAAUUUCUAAGCAUUUUGUUUGUAGUUUGGCAUUUAAAUCUGAACUGGUUGUUUUGUAUGAAGUUGAUGAAUCUUCAUAAUAAUGGGAACUGAGAGGUUUGGUUAUUGCUUCUUCA